AUGGCUGAAUCACUAAGUGAAGUUUCUGGAAGUCUGGAGGUUCUGGAGGCCAGCGAGGAUGGAAAGAAGAAAUCCAAAUUUAAAGCCUUCAAGAACUUUUUUGGCAAGAAGAAGAAAAAAGAGUCUGAAGAUGCCCAGGGAGGGAGGAGGUUAAAAUCAAGCUUGUCCAGCAGCAGUAUUAACAUCUCUUCUCUGGAGCCAGUUCGAGAGGGUCAGCGAACUGAGCCCAGGAUCAAGAGCAACAUGGGUAGCAAAUCCCUGUCCCAUGACAGCAUCUUCAUGUUGGAACCUGAGCCUGAAAGAUCAACCCAUCAACUCUGCCCCUCUCCAGAGCCCAAGAGAGGCAGACCUCUACAGCGAUCUCAGGUUUCCCGAACUCUGCCUAGAACUGGAACUAGUAAUGUGCAUGGAGCUGUUUCUGGACUUAUGUUUGGGGCUAUGCCCCAAUAUGUGCCCAAAAGUGGAAUCUGGGUUGGAGGCUCCAAGGUCCCUGAGAUCCCAACACGGUGCCCAUGCCAACCCAGCAUCAGCCCACCUCUAAUCCAAUCUGACACAAAUUCUAAUGACUUUGAAAUAAGCUCUGUUGAUGAAGAGUCACCUAAGAGCUCACGGAGGAAAGCUUUACCACACAAUAUCUUGACAUUGAAGAAGAGCUCCUUUGAGCCCUCACCUGGACCAAUCCGCUCACAGUCUUUGACCACGUUUGCCAUGAUUGCCUCUCCUGGCAGCACUCACCUGCCCAUGAGUUUCAACACCCCAGCCACCACCAAGGGCUGUUUGGAUUCUUCAGCUGCUCGACACAAGAUGGCUUUAAACCCCCGGAAACAAAAGAAAAAGAAGAACCCUCAAACCAGUGCAAAACCAAAGCAAGAGGAGUCAAUGCUUCUACUGGUUUCUGAAGAAGAGAAGAGUACAACCAAACCAAAAGAAGCUGACCGAAAGAAGCCGAAAAAAGACAAUCCAGGUACAGGUGUCUCAGGCCUGGAACAGAGCAAGAAAACUGAAACUUAUGAUAAGAAGACAGUAGAUCAGGCUGCAAGUGCAGAUGCUGCUGGGAGUCAGAGCUACCCAUUUUCAGCGGCACAUGGAAGACGAGGUGCAAAGAAAGGUUCGAGUGCUUCAGGAACUAGUGAGUGUGUGCCCAGAGGAAGAAGCUUCAAACAAUCCAGUCGAGGGCUCCGCAGCAGUGAUAGGGCGGGAUCCCCACCUGCCGAUCAGAGUGCCAGAGAUCAUCUUCUCUGGAACCUGUCUUUGGAGCAGCAAGUUCUGGAGCAGCCCACGACUCCACAGGCAGAAAGUCCUACUCCUCAGGAGCUUCUUUCAGGCAAAGAUGCCACCAGAAAGAGAGGUGCCGGUGUCGAUUUGAAAGUCAGAAAAGGCUUGGCCUCACCAAUCACCCCGGAAGACUCGGCAGAGUCCUCGGUCAGCGAUCCAUCGCCAUGCCCUGAAGCCCAGAAGCCAGCAGCCAGAGCUUCUGUUUCCACAACCCAAGAAGAUGUCAUCUUCUCAGUUGCAAUGGAGGCUCAAGUGUUUAUGGAUCCUUCUCAUAUCCAGUCAGAAAGGGAGGAAGCUUUCAGCUUUGAUUUGCAAGCCAUCAAAUUUAAAAUGGAGUCAGUUCAAGAUAUUCCAGCGGUCUGCAGAGAAAAGUCUCCCGGAAGCAUUCUGCGGGCCGUUACAGCCAGCAUCUCGGGUCCCACGAGCACUCAGGCCGAGGGGGCCGUGUCUGCAGAGAGGCUGCCUCCCAGAAGCCUCUCCUGGGUCUUGGCGGAUCUCGAGGCUGAGGAGCCGUCGUCGGGUUCAGAGAGCUCCUCAGUGGAGGCCAGCGGGUCUGAGCUGCAGCUGCUUCCCGGGCGUUCAUUCCAGUCCUUGGCGAAGCCCAGAGAUGAUGACCAGAAAUUCUUCACAGAGUCAGCAAGUUCGGCUGUGGAACUGAGCAGGCCGGAGCAGCCGCUGGCUCCGCGAUACUCUUCCCUGAUCCUGACAAUGCCCAAAGUUCAAGAAGCAUCCUCGGAUUCGGACAGUCCCUCAGAGGGCGAGAGCGACUCCGAGCGGCACCUGGCUCUCAGGCACCCCUUGCAGUCCUUGGGGAUGCCUGAAGAUUACCUACAAGUCUUCUCAGUCUCCAAAAGCUCCGGGGACUCGAGGGCUUCAGAGGAGGAGCUGACUCCCAGAUGCGCGUCCCGGGCCUUGGGGGAGACGGAAGCCUGGGCCUCCUCCACCAAAUCCAACAGCUACGUCGCGAAGUACAACAGCGCUGACGACUGGAGCACCUCGGAGGAAGAUAUGCGCCCCAGGCCCCCUGCCCAGGCCUCCGGGAAGCCCACAGACGUACUGGAGAUCCCCUCGGGUUCAAAGAGCGCCCCCGAGGACUGGGGCGUUUCCGUGGAGGGGCUCGCUCAGUCCUUUUCGAGGCCCAAGCUUCAGCAGCAAGUGUCGUCAGAGACGGCGGCGGCGGCGGCGGCGACCAGGGCCCCCCGGGCCCCCGGGAGCAGCCUGGUGGAGCCGGCGCCGGCCGGGAAGGUUGUCCCGUCCUGGCUGCGCCCCCAGGCCGAGCAUCAGGCCCCCGGGGGCCGCGAGAGCCCAGCUGAGGACUGCAGCAUUUCUCUGGAGCCGCUGCCCCCCAGAGUCUCCUCUAGGCCCAUGGGGCAGCCUAGGAUCCAGCAACCAGUCGCCAAAGGUCCAGAAAUAUCGACUGCCGUAGGGGGCAGGGCCGCGGAGCUGCCGCCCCCGAAACAGCCUUCUCAGCCCCCGCUGAAACCCCAGCCAGCCGUCCCCGAGAGGCCAGAGCACCCAGUCGUGGAGGGGAGCGUUUCCGUGGAGGUGGUGCCUCCCAGAGGUCCGUUCCGAGCCUUGGCGAGACCAGCCGUCGUGGAACAAGUGUUCUUGAGCGUGCAAAGCGCCCCGGUCGAAGAGAACGUCGUGGUGGAGCCGCUGCCGCUGCCCAAAGUGCUUGUGCAGCCCUUGGUGCACCCCAAGGUGGAACCGGACGUGUUCUCCGGCCUGGAGGGUGCCGCCACCGAGAAGGUCAUUGCAAUGGAGCCACCGCUUCCCGAACAUUCUGCACCUCCGUCCUUGCCGAAUCCUGAAGCCCAGCAAGAGUCAGACAACGCCUCCGAGGGCGCGUCUGUGGAGCUGCCGUCUGGGUUCCCGGCCCAGCCCUCCAUGAGGUCAAAACUCCAGCCACAGCUCCCUCCUCUGGACACGGUAGGCGCUUCGGCCGCGUGCAGCCAACCCGCGGGGCCGGCGUCUCCCAGGAGCGUCUUGCAGUCCUGGCAGAGCUCCCCAUUCGAGCAGCAGAGCUCUGCGCGUCUGGAGAGCGCCGCUCUGGAGUGGGGCAUUUCUCUGGAGCCACUGCCUCCCAGGAGGCCUUCUCAGACCCGGAAGAGGCGGGCGGCGGCCCGAGCCGCCUCCCGGGAAUCGAGGAGCCUUGCGGCCCGAGAACGGAGCUCUCCGGUGGAGCCAAAGCCUCCCAGAGGCGCUUCCCUGACCCCAGGGAGCACAAAAGUCAAGCAGCCGUCCUGGGCAGUUCCAGAGGGUUCCAUGGCCCAGAAGGGCGGUUCUAUGGAGCAGCUCCCUUCCAGAAUGUCUUCUCAGACCCUCACCAAAUCAGUGAGCAAGCAGCAGGUGUCCUGGGCAGUUCCAGAGAGCUCUGUGGCCCAGAAGGGCAGUUCUAUGGAGCAGCUCCCUCCAAGAAUGUCUUCUCAGACCCUGACCAAAUCAGUGAGCAAGCAGCAGAUGUCCUGGGCAAUUGCAGAGGGUUCUAUGGAGCAGCUCUCUUCCAGAAUGUCUUCUCAGACCCUCACCAAAUCAGUGAGCAAGCAGCAGGUGUCCUGGGCAGUUCCAGAGAGCUCUGUGGCCCAGAAGGGCGGUUCUAUGGAGCAGCUCCCUCCAAGAAUGUCUUCUCAGUCCCUGACCAAAUCAGUGAGCAAGCAGCAACCAUCCUGGGCAGUUCCAGAGGGUUCCAUGGCCCAGAAGGGUAGUUCUAUGGAGCAGCUCCCUCCAAGAAUGUCUUCUCAGUCUCUGACCAAAUCAGUGAGCAAGCAGCAGCCAUCCUGGGCAGCUCCAGAAGGCUCCAUGGCCCAGAGGAGUGGUUCUACUGAGCAGCCCCCUCCCAGAAUGUCUUCUCAGCCUGCGACCAAACCAGUGGCCAAACAACCAGCCUCAGCAGCUCCAGAGGGCUCCGUGGCCCAGAGGAGCAGUUCUACUGAGCAGCCCCCUCCCAGAAUGUCUUCUCAGCCCCCAACCAAACCAGUGGGCAAGCAACCAGCCUCGGCAGCUCCAGAGGGCUCCAUGGCCCAGCGGAGCAGUUCUACUGAGCAGCCCCCUCUCAGAAUGUCUUCUCAGCCCCUGACCAAACCGCUGGGCAAGCAGCUGGCUCCUGCAGCUCUGAAAAGCGCUGCCACUGAGGGGGUUGCUUCUACAGAGAGAGGGCCUUCCAAGCAGCCUUCCCAGCCUCCCACCAGAUACAAAGUCCAGCAAAUGUCAUCAACUUUUGAGAAUGCUGCCCAGGUAGCCAUUUCAGGGAAGUUAGUGCCUUUCAAACAAGCUCCCCAGCCCUUAGGGAGGUCUAAGGUUCAGGAGCUGUCCUCACGUCUAGAGAUCACUGCUGCUGAAGGAGGCAAGUCUAAGAAAGCUCCAGUGUCCAGGCAGCCUUCCCAGUCAUUUGUGAAGUUUAUGGCAGAACAGGUCUUUUCAGAGAGGCCCACUGCUGAGGGGAGAAGCCCUAGGAAUCCUCCACCUGCAAAUCAACCUUCCAAACCUCUGCUGAGGUCAAAAGACCAGUACCAAGCUUUCUCAGAGCUGGAGAAUGCCAGUACCAAGGGAGACACUUCUUCGAAGCUACUGCCUAUGCCACCAUGCCCUAUACAGCCCUCCGGGAAGCCUGAAGGCCCAAAAGAAGUUCUCUCACAUCCAGAGAGUGCCCCCUUGAAGUGGGGCCAUUCCAAGGAUCAGCUGCCCCCCGGACACCUUUCCCAGGCACUGGGAAAGCUGGAGUACCAGCAAGGGAUCUCCUUCUCUGUCUCUCAGAGCUCUCAUGAAGAGCGAAAGAGUUCUCAAGGGCAGCUGCCUUUCAGGGGCCCUCCCCAAGCCAAAGAGGGGGCCAAAUUACAGCCACAGCUUUUCUCAACAGGCCCAGUGAGUGUACCUGUAAAGCGGAGCAGGUCUGAGGAGCCUCAGCCUCCCAGAAACCCUCAUCAGGCUUUUGCAGGCCCUGAAUAUCAGCCACAGGGUCGUUCAGGUCCAGUGUGGGCUGCCUCCACUGAGGGAACCAUCUCUGAGGGCGGUUCUGACAGCUGGUCACAACCAAAAGGCCCAGCUUCUCCAAACAAAGCCAAGAAACAUAAACAAGGCUCUGAAGACCCCAUCAAGAAUAUCCUGACCUUUGCUACCAAACCAGUGAAGUUCACUACUGCUCCUGCCAAGCAGGCGCCCACUUUGGGGGGCACUGUCUCUAAGGAGGAGGGUCUUGAGGGCCGCAAUCAAAAUAACAGCCAUCCAAAUGUGUCCACCACUAGGGCUAGUGUGGAAAACCUUUUUGGAGUUCGCCUGAGAAAGGUCCCUUCCUUGAAGAAGUACAAGAAGGAGAAACAAGAUGAUCUUACCAAGCUUUCUUCAUUCUUCUUGGGCCCAGUUUCAUCUUCGGCAGGUAAAGAACAGCGAAUCAGAAGUGCUUCCCAGGGGCUCCUGGGCACCGCAGAGUACCUCACCUACCCAUUUGACGUUGCAGAGAAGCAACAGAGCAGGCCCAAAUCUGAAUGCUUCAUCAAGAAGCAACCUGCUUACAAGGUCCCAGGAAAGGCUCCUGGUCGACAGGCAGAUUAUGGCACCUUCGAGCCAGCUUGGAUAACCAUGGUAAAGCAGAGGCAGAAGAGUUCCCAGGUCUACGUUCCUAAGAAAGAGGCAAAAACCAAGAACAAAGCUGGAGCCAGGGCUGAGGCCAAAGAGCCUAGAGGGGGAGCUGGCCUUGCAAAUGAAAACCAACCCAGAAAGAUUUUUACUUCUGUUGUCAAUAAACAGGAGAAGAUGGCACAGAAGAAGCUGUCCAUCAAGUCCAUCAAAGCAGGAUUUGAAGAUCCGAAGAUAGUUCAAGUGCCUGCAGUGGAAAAAGAAACCAGGCGAUCUUCAACUCUCCCAGCUGUGCUCCAAGAGCCAGCACAGCCAGAUGAGCCAGUUUGGUUCUCCCUGGCCAAGAAGAAAGCCAAAGCUUGGAGCCAUAUAGCAGAAAUCAUGCAAUAA